AAACCACGUCUUGCUGUUUUCCAUUCUCUCCUCGUUAAUUUGCUUGCCACGUCAGAUUUUUCUUACGGUGGAGGGUUAGCACUGCACUGUACAAAGCGGGAAUCUUCCUGGAUCUUAGUUAACAAACUCCGGCCCCGGUCUCCCUCGGGAUAUUUAAGCUUUUGCCAUCCGCUCUUCAUAUGCUAGUUUUGCAAAUGAUCUAAGAAUUUUACCACUGGUAAGAGAAGAAUUCUAACAUCUUUGCCAAAUCGCCUACAUGGCAUGUCAUCCUGCCAGCGUGUCUCGCCCACGCGAAAUGUCGCUUCUGCCCCCGCAUUCUCCUUUACCAGAGGCCUUUGACCCGGGGCGCAGCUUCCUGCUUCGCGCCAGCGCGGCGGCCGCAGCAGCGGCAGCGGCUGCGGCGGCGUCCUUCGCCCUCUGCCUCUCGGCAGCCUCCUCGUCAAGCACGGCCGAACGAGUCCUUCCGCAGCAUCCAGUACAGCAGCAGCGCGGGCAUGCGAGCCUGAUCGCGCACCGCCUCGCCGUGGUAGCUCGAGGAGGCUUGAGCUUCAGCGAGAGCAGCAGGUGCGCACGUUCCAGCUCGGAACGCAUGCACCCGCGUCGCACGCCCAGCAGCAGGUAGUAGUCGAUGUUGCACGCCUCGCCGGCGGCGACGCGGCUGCGGAGUCCCUGGGAGCUUGCCGUCCCGGAGCGCGGCGGCACGGCCGACGAGGCACGCUGCGGCAGCACACCGCGGCGUGCCUCGAGGAUCUUGGAAAAAUGGCGGACAGCCUCGGCCGGCAGCCCUGCGUCGAGCGCGGCCAUGGCGGCCGCGCGGCGGCGGAGCAGGAGCUUGACGUGCGCCAGGAGCUGGGACACGGCCUCCGAUUCCAUGGCCGGGAUAAUGAACGCCGAACCGGACUUCGACGUUUUCCCCGAUGGAACGGUGGCGACCGCGGCGGCGGCGGCGGACGACGUGAAGCUGUCGUCGGACCAGCAGACGCUCUCGCGGCGGAACGCCGCUGAAGCGAGGCGGCGGCCGGUCUGGAGCAGCACCAUGGCGUCGUCUAUGAUGCCGAGGUGAAAGCAAGCUUGGCCCAGGACCAAGUACCUGUACAUCGGCAUCAAUCAUCAGGAAAUCGAAAUCUGUAGGAUUUUGUCAAAGUGUGCGCAGGUCAUUUGUAAAACUGGCAUUUGAAGGGUAGCCAUCGGUAAGGAUGGCCUGGCUGCACCCAGCUCCAGGCCUCCAGGUUCCCCGACUCUCCAGG